AUGAAGUACGUUCAGCUUACAAUCGAGCUCAUCACCAAGGCCUUUGAGACAUUCUCCUCUAAGAAGGGAGUGGAGUUUAACAAGAAAGAUGCAAAUAAGAUCUUUAAGGCGCUUGAUGAGGAUGAGGAAGUAGAGAGAUACUACUUUUGUGGAGAAAAGUGCACCAAGUCCAAGCGCAAAUGCAUGAAGGAAGUUGAUGAUGAAGGCAUGCAUUGUUAUGUCCACGAUCCUGCGCGCAAGUGUCAAGGCACAACUAUUAAGGGUGCUAAUUGUGGUAGUGUAGCCAAACUUGGUCAAACAUACUGUGGACGUCAUCAAGAUCAAGAUAGAGGUUAUAUAAAACGUAGUAACAACAACGCACCUGUCGACAAGCGUACCAAGUCUUCCAAGGCUUUAAAGAAGACACAUACUUCUAAGUUUGUGUCUUCCGAUGACGAUAUGACUUCCGAGGAUGAAGAACCAAAGAAGCGAAAGAGAAACAAGCAGGAGUCAUCGGAUGAAGAGCCGUCCGAUGAUGAUGAUGAAGAAGAUAUAAUUGCCGUCUCCUUUCCGUUGAGUCCAAAGUACAUUAUUAGGCUAAAGGAAAAGAAUCUCUACAUUGCAUUGUGUCCACCUAAGCUCAUGGGCAAGAAUCUCCCUGCGCCAGAAAUAUCUGAGAAAGAGGCACGCAUAUUGGCCAAGAUGGGUCUUCAAGAGGCAACUUCAGCAGAUGUAGAAAAAAUAGAAGAGUCUUCUGCUGAUGAGAAUUCUGACGAUGAUACAGAUGAUGGUGAUACGUCUGAUAAUGCUGACUCUGACGAUGAUUCCUCUAAAGAUAAAGACUCUGAUGAUGGCAAGUCCAAUAACAGACCUGAUGUAGAAUCUGGAGAUGAUACCUCUAAGGAUAACCCUGAUGAAAAACUAUCUCAUAAAAAGCCAUCUAAGGAUGAUGAGAAGAAGACUUCUCGAAAGAAAAGGCAUUCAGAGAUGCCCAAAAAUGCAGAGCCAUCUUCUAAUGUAGAUGUUUCUAAGGAUGAAAAAGAUGAACACACAUUUGCACUGGCCACAACGCUGAGAAAGCCUUGGACAUGA